UAGGUAAAUUCAUAUUCCAUUCCCUAAACCCAUAAACCCUUCGCCGCUCCACGCGCGCGGUGGCGCCACCGUUCAAACCCCAACGAUAUCGAACGUCGUACCUUCUGGGACAGUGACGAACAUGUCGGAAUCGGCGCCUGAGAUUCUCCGAGCUCACGAGCUCCGUCUCCUCCGCUGCACCUUCUCUUCUCCGCCGUCAGAUUGUCCGGCAGCUUCUCGAAAUCAAACUUCACCCAAUUAUCUCCAUGAACCUCUUGACAGCUUCGUGAGUUCUAUUGUAGCCGGCGACUAUGGGAAAGCCCUUUCUUCCGAGGCUUCUCGACUCGUGCUCGGACUCGUCAGUCAGUCGCCUUGUCAAUUCACAGACUCGACCGAGUGCGCCGAGCGGGUGUACAUUGAGUUGCUCGAGCGCGCCGAGACUUUCAUAUUCGGCGAAUCUGAAAACGAGGAAGACAAAGCCUAUCGACUGACGAUCGUGAUUUGUGUUGCAAUUGCAUCAUUUCUCGCGUUUACUCAGAGUAACGUGACUGGACCAUUGGAGGAACUAGCUAGAUCUCCCAUGGCAGUCACAGAGCCCAAAACUGAAGAUUUCGUGGAGUGGGAUAAUUGGGCGAGGCAUCAGCUUAUGUCUACCGGGUCCGACUUGUUUGGUAAAUUCAUUAAUAUUCAGUAUAUAGUGCUUGCAAAGAUGCUGCUCACAAGGAUAAAAGACGUGCUGUUCAAGGGAAAUGUGGGUUCUUAUGGGAUGAAAAGCAUUUCUUGGUGGCUUUACAGGGUCGUACUUUUUCAACAGAGAAUUUUAGAUGAGCGGUCCUCUUCUUUGUUUGAUCUUUUGCAAGUUCUUAUGGGUGAAGCCUUACUUGAUUUUGGCAUUCUGGAAAACGUAAAGAGUUAUUGGGGUGCCAAUUUACACGAAGGAGAGGCCUCAGCAAUUGUCUCCAUGGUUCAUUUGGAAGCUGGGAUUAUGGAAUAUUAUUAUGGAAGAGUUGAUUCGUGCAUGCAGCAUUUUAAGUCAGCUGAAGUGGAAUCUGGUCUUCAGCUUUCUAUUACAGGUGUUCUUGGUUUUCGUACUUCAUAUCAGGUGGAACCAAAGGCACAGUUGGUACUUGUUGCAAAUACAGACUCGUCAGACAGUGACCAUGGGAACCAGACGCAUGGUUAUACAAUGGAUAAAGAUAAUAUGCUUUCCCAAAACAAAACUUUAGAGAACUCUGACAUAUUGAUGACACCAAAGUUAUUAAAUAAUGAUAAUGUGGCUGGAACUGGAGCAGAUGGGACUCAGAAUGGUGGUUCCACUGUUUCUAAUCUUAGGGCAAUCCAGCAGGCAACCAUUUUGGCAAAAUGCCUUCUAAUUGAGAAGAGUUCUCGAUCUGAUGAGAUGCAGAGGUGGGAUAUGGCUCCAUAUAUAGAAGCUAUUGAUACUCAGCAUUCAUCAUUGUUUAUGGUGAGGUUUUUCUGCAACGUCUUGCGAGUUCGAUGGGAGUCAACUCGCAGUCGUACGAAAGGGCGUGCAUUAGUGAUGAUGGAAAAAUUGGUUCAGGGUUUUUAUGAUUGUUAUCCAGGAGUGGCACAAAGGAUGUAUUUCUGUUGUGGGGUUUAUGUUCCUACUUUUCCUGCUUUGCGAAAGGAAUAUGGCGAACUCUUAGUGAGCUGUGGUUUGAUAGGAGAGGCAGUUAAAAUUUUUGAGGAGUUGGAGUUGUGGGAUAAUUUAAUCUUCUGUUACCGCUUGUUGGAGAAGAAAGCAGCGGCUGUAGAUCUCAUCAAGAGUAGACUUUCUCAAAUGCCUAAUGAUCCCAGACUCUGGUGCUCUCUGGGCGAUGUUACAAAUAGUGAUGCCUGCUAUGAGAAAGCCCUGGAAGUUUCAAAUAAUAGAUCAGCUAGAGCUAAGCGAUCUCUUGCUCGUAGUGCAUACAACAGGGGAGAUUAUGAGACCUCUAAAAUCCUAUGGGAGUCUGCAAUGGCCUUGAAUUCUCUAUAUCCAGAUGGUUGGUUUGCACUUGGUGCUGCUGCAUUGAAGGCAAGGGAUAUUGAGACGGCACUUGAUGGUUUUACUCGUGCCGUUCAACUUGAUCCUGAAAAUGGGGAGGCUUGGAACAAUAUUGCUUGUUUACAUAUGAUCAAGAAAAGGAGUAAAGAGGCCUUCAUUGCAUUCAAAGAAGCCUUGAAGUUCAAACGAAAUAGUUGGCAAUUGUGGGAGAACUACAGCCAUGUUGCUUUAGACACGGGCAAUAUUGGCCAGGCAUUGGAAGCUGUACAAAAGGUGAUAGAUAUGACAAAUAAUAAUAGAGUUGAUGUAGACUUGUUGGAGAGAAUUAUGCAGGAGGUUGAAAGGAAGGCUUCAAAUAGCCAUUCUGAGUCUCAUCAUCGUGAAGCAGACUUGGUGGUUGAAAAAAGUAGGGAAACUGAUCAUUUGGUGGAGUUAAUUGGAAAAAUUCUGCGUCAGAUUGUUCGAGGUGGAACUGGAGGAGAUAUAUGGGGCUUAUAUGCAAGGUGGCACAAAAUCAAAGGAGACUUCACAAUGUGCUCUGAGGCCCUCCUAAAGCAAGUUAGAUCAUAUCAGGGAUCCGAUCUUUGGAAAGAUAAGGAUAGAUACAUAAAGUUUGCACAAGCUUCAUUAGAAUUAUGCAGGGUCUACAUGCACAUUUCAUCCACUACGGGUAGUCAGCGAGAACUAUAUGCAGCCGAGAUGCACCUCAAAAACACAGUAAAACAGGCUGUGGGCUUCUCAGACACCCAAGAAUAUAGGGAUCUUGAAUCUUGCCUAGAUGAAGUUAAGACAAGAUUGCAAUCUAAUUCUCCGCUCUCUUGAGUUCUUAUCUAGAAGUUUUUCUGCAAUACCUCACUCGUCCGACCAUUAUACAAUACUAGAUGCCCACGGGUAAUGGCUGUUCUUGCGUCUGACUCUACUCUCGGUUCCUCCAAAUCUCUUCGAAGCGGUCGAUCGGGAAGGGACUUGUUAUGCUUUCAUGGAAAUUCAGCUUCUUUCAUAUCUAGUAUGCCAAAGUCUGGAGUUCAACGAGAGAAAGAAAAACUGUUAAAUUAUUUAUGUGAGCCAGAGGCAGCCCCCCAGCUUUCAAAUUGAAAAUUUUGGAUCUAUUUUUAAUGUAAAAUCUCAAUUUUUGCAGAACAAUUUCCCUCUGCUCUUGACCAGUGGAAGCGUGGAGGCCAACAAGGGGACGCUACAAGCAUGGCCAGGAUUUCUUUGGUGUGUCCAAGAGACCAUUGUAUUGUAUUUAAAUUUGCAUAAUUUAUGUUCCAUAAAUAUUUAGUCUAAUUAAACUAUUCCUUGUUCA